AUCCAUGCGGCUGCUGUCUGGGGUCACAUAGACAUCCUUGAGUUGCUGGUAUUGCAUGGUGCUAAUCUUAAUGCUCGAACUCGCAAUGGUGAAACGCCCGCUGAUAUUUGCGAGGAUCCCGACGUCCGCGAUCGGAUACUCCAACUUCGCAAUGAACAAGAAAGGGAGAUACGGGAGAAGACGCGAGAUCAACGUCUGAGGCGGACGCAAUCAACCAAUACGCGCACUCAGUCUGUGCGCAGGCAUUCCAUUCGAGAUAAAGCGCAGACGCCGAGGAAAGAAGCCAGAGAGGAAGCAAGAAUUCGACUGCAACAAGCAUUUAACCAGGAAAUGGAAGGCGAUUCUUUGGUGAGACAGCGACCGGAUUUGUUGCCGAGAUCAGAACCAGUUGAGAUGCCGCCGAAGCUCUUCGAUCCCACUGCUCCGAACCACCCACAUUUCCUACCGAGGAACAGUUUUGGAGGUCCGGGAGUCGGUGACACUCUCGACGAUGUUGAUGGCGGAAAAAUGUCGACAGCAUCGUUGCCUGCAAUGCACCUGGGGAAUUCUCAGGCACCUUCCGAUAGUGUAAAUUUGAAUGUACAUGUUACUGUCACUUUGAACUCGAAUGCCAACGGUCCGCAAUCGCCGGUUGGUGUGAACAACAACAACGCCUCUCCCACCGGUUCAACUAAUGGUCCCGGAAACACAGGAACAUUAUCUGACCUCAAGAAGCAGAGAGCGAUUGCCAGGUCUCAGCACAAUAGUGUAUCCGAAACGUCCAACGGU